ACACCCGUCAGCAGCGCGCACUGGAGACAAAAAAGCGCAUCACGGACAAAGGAAACAUGGGUGCGCUGGAGAGGAUCCACCUCAGCCGGGUAACACAAUGGAUGAGCCGCUUGUGUUUCAUUUACCGGGAGACCAAUUAGCCCACCUUAAUGAGGUGCUGGGAUGCAAGAUACUGCAAGCUAAAAAGGCGGAAGGCUGCGUUUAAUCCGUCUGCGGAUCCUGUGAGCUUGCAAUGGCUGUGGCGGGGAUAUGCAACCGGAUAGGGAAUAAUGUGCCUUUUUAUUUUGUGAUAUUUUCCUUAUUUUGUGGCCUUUCGUUUGGACAAUUACAAUAUUCGAUUACAGAAGAACUGGAAAAUGGGGCACUGGUCGGUGAUCUGGCGCAUGACUUGGGGCUGGAUAUUCGAAAGCUCGCCACCCGAAAAAUUAAGGUAACCUCCAACAGCGGGAAACGCUACGUGAUUGUCAACCCCAAAAACGGGAAAUUACUCGUCAACGAGAGGAUCGACAGGGAGGCACUGUGCGAUUUAUCCAACACCUGUCUUAUUAAUCUGGAGGUGCUGGUCGAAAACCCCACUGAGGUGCACCACGUCGAGGUGGUGAUUGUGGAUGCCAAUGACAAUGCGCCGCAGUUCCCCAGAGACGAGUAUCAACUGGAAAUCACAGAAUCUGCUCUGCCGGGGUCUCGUUACCCGAUUGAAAACGCUCAAGAUCCAGACAUUGGGUCCAAUUCAGUCCGCAUGUAUCAGCUCAGCACAAACGACCAUUUCGCGCUGGUAUCUAACAAACCCUCCCUAAACACAAAGCACAUCGAGCUUGUGCUCAAAAAGCCCGUUGAUCGCGAACAAACGCCUUAUCACCAAUUAAUUUUAAGUGCUGUGGAUGGUGGGACGCCUGAGAAGACAGGCACGGCUACAAUCAAUGUCAGGGUCCUGGACUCAAAUGACAAUGUCCCCAUGUUCGACAGCUCAGUGUACAAGGUGAAACUGCUGGAAAAUUCGCCCAAAGACACCCUGGUUAUUAAACUGAAUGCUACUGAUCUGGAUGAGGGCACAAAUGGAGAGGUUUAUUACUCUUUCAGCAGCUACACUCCUGAGAGAGUGAGGCAGAUGUUCAGCAUGGACACUCAUACAGGAGACAUAAGAGUGAGGAGCAACGUUGACUAUGAAGAGACCAACUCCUAUGAGAUGUACAUCCAGGCGAUGGACAAAGGCCCUGGGGCCGUGGCAGCACACUGUAAGGUGGUGGUGGAGGUGGUUGACGUGAAUGACAACGUCCCUCAGAUAGUGCUGUCAUCUCUGUCAAGCCCUGUGAGGGAGGACGCUCGUGCAGACACGGUCGUGGCCCUCAUUAGCGUUACCGAUAGAGACUCCGGCGCCAACAAGCAGGUGAGCUUGGAGAUCCCAGCAGGCCUUCCUUUCAAAAUCAAGUCAUUCAGAAAUUACUACACUCUGGUUACCUCAGCCUUCUUGGACCGCGAGACCACCGAUGCCUACAAUGUCACUCUGAGUGCCACGGAUGGAGGAAACCCUCCGCUUUCCUCCCAGAAGACCAUACAGGUGGAUGUGGCCGAUGUUAAUGACAACCCACCGCGAUUUGAACAGACUUCAUAUACCGUCUAUGUGGCUGAGAACAAUGCCCCUGGGGCGUCUUUGUGUACUGUGAAAGCUCAAGACGCAGACAUCAAAGAGAACGCACGCAUUACCUACACAGUGCUCAAUGACAACAACCAUGGCAUCCCCGUCACCUCGUAUGUGUCUGUGAAGGCCGAUACUGGGGAGGCUUAUGCCCUGCGAGCCUUUGACUAUGAGUCACUAAGAGAGUUUCACUUCCAGGUCAAAGCCCAAGAUGGGGGCAUUCCUCCGCUGAGCCGCGUUGCCACUGUCUACAUCUACAUAAUGGAUCAGAAUGACCACGCACCACUGAUAGUCAACCCUCCCGGCAACGGCACGCGCUCAUUGGAAACAGUACAAAAGAAUGCAGAGCCUGGUGCCUUGGUGACCAAAGUGGUAGCGUACGAUGCAGACGCUGGUCCAAACGCCUGGCUGGUGUAUGUACUGGAGACAGCCACUGACCUGGACUUGUUCAAGGUGCAUGAACACACCGGUGAGAUCAGGACCACUCGGAGGAUCCUAGAGGACAACUCCACCUCCUUUGCUCUAACCGUUUUAGUGAAGGACCAUGGGCAGCCUGCCCUCUCCUCCACUGCCACCAUCAACGUGGCAGUCAUGGAGGUGCCCCCCAAAGUGGCCCCUGACCCUAAGAGGAUCAUCCGACCUCACAGCCCACUGCUCCUCUCCAAUGUGACCCUCUACUUGAUCGUGGCUUUGAGUGCCACCACCUUUGUGUUCCUGGUCACUGUGGUGGUGCUGGCCAUUGUCCGCUGCCAUGCCUACUGCACCCAGCCUGGGUCCUGUUCCCCUUGCUGUGUGUCACAGAAGCCCCCUCCAGAUGGCGGGAGUGGCAGUGUAAGUGCUGGCGGGGCAGCUGGCGGUGCAGCCGGUGCACAGCCUAAUAAUAACGUGGUGCUUCGGAGAGACCUUAAAGUGGAGCCUCACUACAUCGAAGUGCGUGGAAAUGGCUCCCUAACAAAGACUUACUGCUACAAGACCUGUCUGACAGCCACCUCUGGCAGUGACACUUUCAUGUUCUACAACACAGGACGCCCCAUCAGUGGCACCUGGGGCAGCGGUGCCGACCGCUUCUUCACGAGUAAUAGUGGAUUUGUACGAAGACUGAGUAUGCCUGAUGCCUCGCUGCAACUCUGCCCAGAGCCGAAAGCCCCGAAUGCUGACUGGCGAUAUUCUGCAUCUUUGAGGGCAGGGGUGCAGAGUUCUGUCCACAUGGAGGAGUCCUCUGUGAUGCAGGGAGCCCAGGGGAUGCUGGUCCAGAACUGGCCCACUGUGUCCAGCGCUGCAGAUGGAGAUGGUGGUGAACUGUCACCCCCAGUGGGUGCUGGAGUCAACAGCAACAGCUGGCACUUCAGGUAUGGUGCCGGUCAGGGCUAUGGCCCUCCUCAGCCCCUGAAGCCUGGAGAGAUUCCUCCCGAGGCCUUCAUCAUCCCCGGAUCCCCAGCCAUCAUUUCUAUCCGCCAUGACGCCGGCCCUGUGGAUGACAAAGGUGACUUCAUAAGCUUUGGCAAGAAGGAGGAGGCCAAGAAGAAGAAAAAGAAGAAGAAGGACAAGAAGGACAAGAAGGAGAAAGGGAAGGAUGACGGGGGGGAUGAUUAGGGGAGAAGGGGUGACUUGAAAACAGAGCUACCAACAAAUCCCAAUUACAGAGCCAGAAUAAAAAAGCCAAAUGCAUAUUGUAGAACCGAGGGAGCCUCCUUGCACCAUAUUUGCAUAGACAUUGUACAGUGGCCAGACCCUCAUUAGACAAGGCCUGGCUCCCCACACCAUGUGAACUCGCUAAACAAAUGUUUCUCUCUUUUCUUGGCUCAUUUAGCCCCAUAACUUUGGCCUAAAAAAGUCUAAAGUUUAUGGUAAACAAAUGUUCUCAGUAGACAGACUUCAUCUAAAGGUUGGACCAAAUUCAAGCAGAAAGACUUCUAUUGGAUUAGUCUUUCUGUGAUUUGCUGCCCCUGCCCCCCAGUUUGUAUAAUAAAAACAAAAACACCUGAAAAGGUGUACUAUUUGUAUCUGACCAUUGUCAGCUGAGGCUGCCCGUGUUGGCAACUCUGUCUUUAUGCAGCCCCCUUCCUUUUUGGCUCACCUAGUUGGAGGUGAAGUGGAAGCCAAACUAAAAAAACAAGAAACAGAGGCUUUUGUCUUCAGUAUUAUGGAGGCCUUGUAGGAAUUCAGAAAAUGUGGUCUUUUGUAUAAAAAAAAGAAAAAUGAAAAAGUAACAACAUACAGUAUAUGUACCAUGAGAUUAGCACCUUGAAGAGAAUGAGGUGGCUGAGACAAGCAGGACCACGCUCGAGCUCUGUUUCAGUGUAACAUAGCACAUUGCUGAGGCUGAGGACCUGGACUGGGUUGCACCAACUAUGCGCAAGUUUGUUCCCAGGUUAGGGUGGCAAGUAGUGGCUUCAUGACUGCUGGUUAAUUUGCAAUUAGCAAGUUACUCAAUUCGAUUGUACCAUGGGUAGUAAGGGGGGGACUCUAUGGCUCUAACUAGUUAUAACAUUAAGAUCUCAGAUGAGUAGCCAAUCAGUGCUUGCAUUACCUCGCUGCCACACGGACUUGCAGUUGACUAGAUUGGCAUAAAAAUUACGAUUGGUAAAUAGAAACCAAAUUUGACUCUUAAAGGACAAUAAUAGUUUUUGCAUGUUUUAGUCCAUUCUCUACAAAUCUUGUAUCCUGCUGAUAUUUUGUAUUUGGGGAAAAAGUAUUUUCCAAUCUUUCAGCUAGCCAUUGCUUUUAUUCAUAAGCAAAAAAAACCAACAAAAAAACGAACAGAUGAGAUGUGCAAUUUUUUUGUUUCAAAGCUGCAGUAGGUGAGUUUUUUGAAGGGGCUCACUGUGAAAAAAUCUCAUACCAACCUUUGAGCAUAUUGUAAUUCAAUUGGACUGAGAGAAGAAGACUAGAACUAAAUUAGACCAGUCGUCUGCACCUCCUCUUUGCUUUGUAAACAGGAAUUAAAACAAUCUAGCUUUUGACAGGAGACUUUAGCCAAUCACAGGUCAUUUCAGAGAAAGGCGUUCCUAUUGGCUGUUCUUCAAAUGUGUACAUCAUGCCCUGAGAAGUGCAGCAGGCUUUGAAGCCAAUUUUCAUAGUGGCCGAACAGUGGUACUGCAAUACAUGAUGCCAUUUGGCACAAAAAGACUUCUUUAAAUCACAUCUGUAGAUGUCUGUAAAUCAGCAUACAUUUUCUGAACAUCACAAAGCACAAAAUGACUCGUUUCCCUAUAAGUAUUUGAUAUAUUUGGUCAGAUAACAUUUGGAAAUACUGGAAGAGAGUUCAGCUGUGCUUGGCGGCCGUAAUUCUCUAGUGCGCCUGCUCUUUGGGCCCAGUGAUGUGGUAGCAGCACCAGUCAUCCAGGUGAUUUCAUACUGCAGAAAUGGAUCUUUUUUGGCUUCAUGUGCCACUGAGCAACUUUCAUAGGAAUGAAUGGGGUCCCGCCUUCAAUGCUGUAUCCAGGUCUCCAGCCCUGGAGAUUGUGGGAGCCUGAUUCAGUGGCAGACAUUCCUUGGCUAGUCACCCCCCCAAAAAUUAGACAGACUUGAACAAUAAAUUCAACCAAACACUCGGCAAUAUCAGCAAAGUGUUUCAGAUAUGGAGAGAAAAUGUUGCUGGUUUAGCUUUCUAAUAACUUGAGCCAAAGGCUUACAGCUGCAGCUUCAAAUUCACGUUUAUGUAGCUUAUGUUAGCUUAAUGGAAUCACUUAAUCGAAUCACUGAGUGUAGUCUCAAAGGGUUUACAGGCCACAGAUUUGCAAAGAAAGAAGGACGGUGAUUCUGAUAGAAUGUCCACUAGGCCUAUAAAAUGGCAUAGGGAUCAGGAUGAUUGAAAUGAAUGACUCAUACUUGUGCUGGUUACUGUAUGAGGCAUGUAUAUAUGCCCAUGCUUGUUAAAAUUCUGGCAUUUUUUGGCUUUUCCAGAAAACUGCCUACCCCAGCUUUAAGAAAUCCAUCAAAGUGCAGACAGCAUUUUGGUCACAAGUGCAGAUUCAUUUGAAAACUGCCCCAUGUUAUCGCAAUUAUGGGGCGAAAAUUAAACAUACGUGAUGGAUCAUGUUUGUAAAGUGAGUCUAAGCAUGUUGAUAUUCAUGUUGUAUGGAAAUGAAUCAGAACUAGAUUCUGCCUGAUGAAAGGCAAAAAAAUGGAACUGGAAAAUACAAAUUGGAAAAUAGCCAUGAAUAAUGCAGUAGUGUUUCAUUUGUAGAAAAUGGGCAAAAAUGACCAAAAUCACUGUUAUCAUCCUUCAAGUUUCAAAAUGGCAUGGAAUUAAUAACGAAGAAAAAAAAAAAAGCUGUGUGCAAAAAAAAGAAAAAAAAAUCCUGCAUUACUGUUAGUGAGUACAAUUGUGUGACUUUGUAUCAUUUGCACCUGCUUUACUGCUUGCUUAACUAUUUAGUUGUUACUUAAGGUUAUGUUGUAACAGAUUUUUGUGGCGCUACCGCUUGUGUUUUAGCAAUGCGUGAAUCGGGAUUUUGUGGCUACUUCGGAUAUAACUAGGGAACCUACGUGCAGCUGAUGCAACCGGCCCCUGACCUUUCCUCUCCUCUCGGGAUACGGCACAGGUCAACGGGGUCUUAUUCCCACUGUGUAUCAGCACACCUAGUCUGACACACACAUUAUUGUACACAAACACUGACUCUCUCUGUCUCUUACUCACACAUAGCAUACACACACACACGCUCUCUUACACAUACAGUACAUACAGGUGACAAAGAUAUACUAAUAUAAUAAUAAAAACACACCCCUUUCUGGAAACUCUAAGACUGAAGGCCGACGGCAUCCUUAAUAUGGGAGUGUAAUAUAUGGCUGGGAAGCAGGAACGUUGCUUGUUGCUUCAUUUCUGUUCUAGCCUGAUCCCUCUGAUUCUGUCUUUGAAUGUUAAGUAGUUGUUCUUCAAGCCCUGCACCACUGCCUCGACUGCUUCAGUGCUUGUAGGAUUUGCUUGCCCGCUGCCUGUUUCCUUCCUCUACUCCUGUUUCUUCGAAUCAACAUGGUUGGAUGACAUCUCUCAAGUCACUCUCCUUCAAUGAACUGUGCAACCACGACACAGUGACAUUUGUGCAUAUUUACACACACACAUAUAUACGACACACACACACAUCCUUUGUUAACUGAGCUCGGACUGUUCGUUGUUGACAGCUCUGUCAUCUCGCACAUAUUGCAUUGUAAGGACCUCUGACAAGUUAGCGGAAUUGGAGAUUACGCUGUAUUGGAUACGAUGAGACAAGAUGGAAAAGAAGAGUCAUCGUAGUAGCUCUCAGUGUAGAGGGGAAAGAAACCACAGCAGAGUUAAUUGGGCAGGUCAUUCCUUAUUCGCACGAGCAGAGGUACUGCAGUUAUUCCUGCGUCCGCCAUUAGUGACAGCUGAUCAACCCGGGUCGACUCAAGCCACUUACACAAUAAGUGCAGCAGCAGCAGCAGCAGUGGAAAGAGGUUGACUUGUGGUUGAUUUGGAAGUGGGGGAAAUCCACUUAAGGAUUAAUGGAGGGGAAGCACAUGGUCGACAGUGUUUACGUUGCGCUGGAGAGAGGCAAUGAUACCAGCAAGCAAAGAUCAACACAAGUCAAUCCUCACAGCUGGAAAGAUCUUACAGGUCCCAUAUUAUAAAAAGUCACAUAUCCAUUACUUUUUAAAAUUUAAGGCAGAUAUAGAUGCUAUAUCUAUACCUGGAUAGAUUAACAGAUAAAUGCACACAGUCUGAAUUCAGAAACUAUGCUUUUAAAGCCCAGUUCAGAAUUAACAUUUGCGAUGAGAUGAGUUGAAAAAUGCUUGCAAUGUGUCGAUCUGCAAUGUUCUAAAAACCUGCCUGGUCACACUAUUGCAAACAGAUGAGACAGUGGACCAUCUCUAUAGCAAUGACUCUCUGUGCUUCCAUUCCAAAUACAAGCUUUUCAGGCUUUGUGACUAAAUCUAAUUUGUAGGUUCUUGAAAUAUGAAUGAGGACGUUGAUCAUGAGAUACUGGCUACUGCUGCAUUUGAAGUAAUGAUGAAACGGCGAAAAAAGUAAACAAAAUGAGCAUCAGAUAGACAGUAUUUGUAAUAAAUAUGCCA